UUUUCAGUCGACUUAUAAUACUUAAUAGUUUUUCAUUUAUUUACUAUAAUCAAUAUAUAAAUUAUAAAAAUGUCUGUUGAAGAAAUCCCACAAGGUGCCGAUGUCACCAUCAUCUCCAAGAAUGAAAAGAAAGCCAGAGACUUAAUUAAGAAGUUAGGUUUAAAGCAAAUCACUGGUAUUACUAGAGUUACUUUCAAACAAAGAGGUAACUUAAUUUAUGCCAUUGAUCAACCAGAUGUUUACAGAUCUGCUGCCGGUACUUAUGUUGUUUUCGGUGAAGCCAAGGUUGAUGACAUUAACAAGAGAAUUGCCGAAGCUCAAGCUCAACAAGCUGCUGCUGGUGCUCAUGAUCACGACCAUGAUCAUGAUCAUGACCAUGACCAUGACCAUGACCACUCUCAUGACAAAUCUCCUGAAGCUAUUACUGCUGAUUUACAAAAAUUAGCUUUAGACAACGAAAACAAGAUUGCUGAAGUCGAAGAUGAAGGUGAAGUUGAUGAAACUGGUUUAGAUCCAAAGGAUAUUGAAAUCAUUAUUGAACAAACCCAAGUUUCUAGAGCUAAGGCUGUUAAGGCUUUAAAAGCUCAUGAUGGUGAUAUGGUCAAUGCCAUUAUGGAAUUAUCUUCAUAAGUCAAUUGUGUAUAACUAGUUUAUUUAAUAUAAA